GUUCUUCUCAAGGGGCCUUUGCGUUAAUGUUUCCCUGGCCAUGAUCUGAGCACAUCAUCUUUGUGGCUGAGGAACGAAAACACACAGCGCUAUUUAGAGGUGUGGGAAGGCACCCAAGCCUUCUGGCUCGCUAGCCGAGUACCCUCUGCCCGGGAACACCUGCCAAGGCUGGCCUGUGCCCGCACAGCCGGGCCGCGGGUGGGUCGCGCAGCGCCCGGGGCUGCGGCCGGUUCGGCCCCGGCUCGACCCCGCUCCGCAGCGCAGUUUCCGGGAGCCGCGGGCAGGUGAGGAGGCGGCGGCGGCCGCGGGCGGAGCGGAGCGGAGCGGCCGCUAUGAGGCUGCUGCUGCUCGCGUGUCUCCGAGCGCAGACCGGCAACGCCACCACGGCCGCUAGGAUUCAGAAUCAUCUACAUGCUGCAGGUCAUACCUGUAUUCUUAAAGAUGCUUUCAUGUACGAAAGUCCAGCUGAAAUAGCAAAUCUGACCUCCACAGACAAGUUUGAUGCAGCCCUGGCCAUUCACCUUUAUAAAGGAGGCAGACUUCUGCAAGGUAGCAGAAUUCCUUUUGGAAUCAUCUUUGGUGGGACAGAUGUAAAUGAAGAUAUCAAAUGCCAAGAGAAGCGCCAGGUAAUGGGAGCAGUGUUGGAGAAAGCCAGGUUUGCAGUGGCUUUCACAGUGAAACUGAAGGAGCUGGCAGCAGCAGAGUGGCCAGAUGCUAGGAAGAAAAUAUAUGUCCAAAGUCAAGGAAUUAAGACUGCACCCAGUGACACAUUUGACUGGUACAGAUUUCUACAAAAUGCAGCCAUUCCUGCAAACACAGACCGUUUCCAUCUGUUUCUUUUGAUAUGUGGGCUUCGCAGAGUCAAAGACCCUCUGUAUUUAGUAGAAGUUUUCUCAGAUUGGCACAGAAAGGACCCCAGUGUCCACCUGGGCAUUAUUGGACCUGCAGUUGAUCCAGUUUUUACAAGUGAAGUUAAGGAGAAAGUUAAAAGGGCCCCUGGGGUACAUCUGUUGCCGGAGCUGCCUCAGGAGGAGCUGCACGCUGCUGUGAGGAGGUGCUUUGCCGUGGUGAACAGCUCCCUCUCCGAGGGGAUGUCUGCUGCCAUCCUGGAGGCAAUGGAUUUAGAAAUUCCAGUGCUGGCUAGGAACAUUCCUGGGAAUGCAGCAAUAAUAAAGCACAAGGAAACAGGACUGCUGUUUUCAAAUCCCCAGGAGUUUGUUGUGCUGUCCAAGAGUUUGAUGAAUGACCCCAUAAUGGAAAAAGAAAUUAUAACAAGGGCCAAAGAUUACAUGAAGAAACAUCAUUCCUGGGAAGGUGAAAGGAAAACCUACCAGAAUCUUGUGCUGAGACUCCAGUGACUUGCAAGACUCCAGCUGACAGCCAGUAGAGCACUUUAAUGAUGGAAAUGUGAUUAGGUUUGGGUUUCUCUUGGGUUUUCUUCAGAAAAAUAGUCAGACAGGCAUUGUUAUUCUGUUCAAACAUACCAAGAUCUCAGCUGCUUCCCAGUGUCCCAGGUGUCCAGCUCAGCUCCCUGUGCCUGUGUGCCAGUUCACCCCAGAGCAGCAGGAGGAUGCCCCUGGAGCAGAGCCCAGCUGGUUGCUGUGAGGAGGCCUCAGAGGGUGGAGGAUUUCCUGCACACAGGGCAGCUCUCACCGCACAGAGCUUACGGGAAAUGUUCUGCCCGUGGUGCAUCCCAAGCCCCGGCAGCAGCAGCAGCUUCCUUUCCACUUACACCCAUCUGAACGGACUCAGGUACCCACCCCAGAGCUGCUGCCAAAGCCCAGGCUCCACAAACAGAGCAUUCCCUUCUUACCAUGACACCUUCCCUCAGACCAGCAGCGAGCACAAGAAGCAAAGGGAAUGUUGAUGCUUGGGGCAAGGGAGGAGCACAGGGCUUGUUCUGUGCUGCCCCCCGAGCCCCUGCAGCCCUUCCAGAGCAGCUGCUAUGGCCCAGCAGUCCUGUGCAUACGUUUUUUUCCUGGGGACCAGAGCAGGAGGUGGCCCAGACCUGGCUCAGGUGCCAGAGCUGUGCAGUGCCCUGGAGCAGUGGCUGUUCACAGACAGAGAUGCUCUGUUACAUAAACUACCUCUUGAGUUUGCCAGUUCCUUUGGUACCUCUGUGAUUUACUUAUUUAGUAAAAGAUUUAUGAGACCUAUAAAAAGGGGGGGGGGGUGUAUUUUCAGUUUACUGUGUUUUGGUACUGCUUGUUCUUAUUUGUGGCUUUGCAGGAUGUAUUGCAAUAUAAUGCAGCAGGCUGUCUUAAAGUGAGACUGAUCUCUGCUUAAAGUCCACACUAAUCACCCUUGUCAGCCCAGGGCUCAUGGACAUAUCUUUGUGUCUGUAACUGGUCAUCAAAGGACUUGCAGCUAGAGGAAAAAAAAAAAAUGAGGGUCAUAUUUCUAACUACUUGGUGGUAGGAAACUGUUUGCUUUGUGUAGUCUCCAUCCUGCCCCAAGGAGAGCCUGGGAAAUGUUUUCUGUUGACUUCAGUGGCUGUUGUGUCAGACUUCUCUUUGUAAUAAUGAAGUUCACUGUGUAUUUUAAGCUUUCCUCUCUAUUUCUUAUGUUUUGCAAGAGCCUGGUACAGUAAACAAGAAAGCAGUUUGAA